UGAGCGGCGGCGGCGGCGGCGGCACGAGCGCUGGCGGCGGGGCCUCGGCCCCUCUCCUCGCUCCGCCCCCGGAGUCCGGGGAUGAGGCGGGGAGGCAGCGGCGCCGGCGGCAGCAGCAGCAGCAGCAGCAGCAGCAGCAGCACCACCACCGAGGGGCGCCCCCGCCCGCCGCCGGCCUAGCGCCCCUGGGAUCCCCGGCCCCGCUGCCCCCGAGCCCUCCGUCCCCUCCGGGGGGCCGGGGCCGCCCGCGCCGCGUCCGGGCCGCGGGCACCGCGCCGAGGAGCAUGUCCGCCGACACGGAGAUGGAGAAGAGCAUCAAGGAGACCUCCAUUUUAGAAGAAUACAAUAUUAAUUGGACUCAGAAAUUGGGAGCUGGAAUUAGCGGUCCAGUUAGGGUCUGUGUGAAAAAAUCUACCCAAGAACGGUUUGCACUGAAAAUUCUUCUUGAUCGUCCAAAAGCUCGGAAUGAGGUACGCCUGCACAUGAUGUGUGCAACGCACCCAAAUAUUGUGCAGAUUAUUGAAGUAUAUGCCAACAGUGUGCAGUUUCCUCACGAGUCCAGCCCAAGGGCUCGACUCCUAAUUGUAAUGGAGAUGAUGGAAGGGGGAGAGCUAUUUCACAGAAUCAGCCAGCACCGGCACUUUACAGAGAAGCAAGCCAGCCAAGUAACAAAGCAGAUAGCUUUGGCUUUGCAGCACUGUCACUUGCUAAACAUUGCACACAGAGACCUCAAGCCUGAGAAUCUGCUCUUCAAGGAUAACUCUUUGGAUGCUCCAGUUAAGUUGUGUGACUUUGGAUUUGCCAAAAUUGACCAAGGGGACUUGAUGACGCCACAAUUCACCCCUUACUACGUAGCACCUCAGGUAUUGGAGGCACAAAGAAGGCAUCAAAAAGAGAAGUCUGGGAUUAUACCUACCUCGCCCACACCCUACACUUAUAACAAGAGCUGUGACUUGUGGUCCUUGGGGGUGAUCAUUUAUGUGAUGCUGUGCGGCUACCCACCUUUUUACUCCAAACACCACAGCCGGACAAUUCCAAAGGACAUGCGGAGAAAGAUCAUGACAGGAAGCUUUGAGUUUCCUGAGGAAGAAUGGAGCCAAAUCUCUGAGAUGGCCAAAGACAUUGUGAGAAAGUUGCUGAAGGUCAAGCCAGAGGAGCGGCUUACCAUUGAGGGGGUGUUGGACCACCCGUGGCUAAACUCGAAUGAAGCUCUGGACAAUGUGCUGCCCUCUGCCCAGCUGAUGAUGGACAAGGCAGUAGUUGCUGGAAUCCAACAGGCUCAUGCAGAACAGCUGGCCAACAUGAGAAUCCAGGACCUCAAAGUCAGCCUCAAACCCCUGCACUCUGUAAAUAAUCCCAUUCUCAGAAAGAGGAAAUUGCUUGGCACGAAACCGAAGGAUGGUGUCUAUAUUCACGACCCGGAGAAUGGAGCAGAGGACUCCAAUGUGGCACUGGAGAAGCUACGCGAUGUCAUUGCUCAGUGUAUUCUGCCCCAGGCUGGUAAAGGAGAGAACGAAGACGAGAAGCUGAAUGAGGUGAUGCAGGAGGCGUGGAAGUACAACCGGGAAUGCAAGCUUCUCCGGGACACCCUGCAGAGCUUCAGCUGGAAUGGCCGUGGAUUCACAGAUAAAGUGGAUCGACUAAAACUGGCAGAAAUUGUGAAACAAGUGAUUGAAGAACAGACCGCCUCUCAUGAGUCCCAAUAGCCACAGCCUCAGAGCAUUAGUUUGUUUUUGUUUUGUUUUUUACAUUUUGAAAAUUUAUUCCUUAACUGUACAAAGUAAUUUUUAUGUAAAUUAAUAAAUCAUAAUUUCAUUAAAUUUCCAUACUGCUGAAAGAUGCUGUAUAGGUGUAGAUACAAGAAUCAUUGGUACUGUAAUAUUUUUUUAAGUCAAGCUCAGUUCUUAGAGAUAGAUUAUGACUUCUGUAUUGUUCAUUUGUAUGUCUCUCAGACAGGACAGGUGAUGUCACCAAAAUCCUUUGACUUGCAAUAGGCGGAGAAGCACCUUCCCAGUGAUAAGCAGCUCCACGGGCCUUUUUGCUCAGUAAAAAGCUGGAAUAGGUACUGUGGAAUAUAAUCCUCUUGGUGCCCUGUGUCCUCCCCACUGAACCAUCAGGGCUGGGACAACAGGAGCACCAGGGCUGGGGUAGCUCGGUUGGCUUUGACUCCAGACGGCUGUCUGGGAGAACUCGGCAAGCAGCUCCUUAUCCUGCCUGACCUCUGAGGCUGGCAUCUCUGUGCUUGCCUCGGUUUGAGGGAUUCUUUGGUGCAGAACUUGUCUUAUUUCCUUUGCUGUUUUUCUUCUGGACUUUCUAGGGUAGAAUAGUGAGGUUGCCUAAGGUUUUCUGUUUGUGUAAUGGUUAGGAAUGAAAAGGAUUUGAAUAGUUUAGUAAAGGCAGGUUCUAGUCCAUUUAUUUUUUUUCUGCUUGUGGGUCCCGUAGAUGUCAGCCUUAUUUUUCCAGACCAGAAUUUAAGUUUAUCUAUCCCUGUUGCCUUUUUCUCUCUCUCUUUUUUUUUUUUUGGUCCCUCCUUCCUUGUUCCUGUGUGGAUUCUAAACUUUGGUCAAGGGCUUGGAAGGCUGUGCAUUGUAUAUAUCUGUUGACUCUGAGACUAGAGACUUCUGCAUUAUUUGGGUUUCUCCCCAGAUCUGUGCUCUUCUGUUAGCCUUUUUGGCCUUGUCUCUCCCUCCUGCUUCCAUAUGUUCACUCAGCCAUCAUAGCCACUAAUUAGACUGAACAUAUUUCAGAGUGUGGCCCUCAAAAUGCAGAACAAAUCUGUUGUGAUGUUUUCCUUUAAUAAACGGAGGCCUUUAGAGAGACUUUGGUACCUACGUAGGUAAGCAGACUAGGUGAUGUAAACUGAGAUGCCAUUCAGGAAGAGAAACGGCAGGUUUGUUCACUUUCAUAGCAUACCAGGUCAGUGAGUUGGCACUGAUUAAGGCACUGGAAUAGGCCUUGGGGAUGAAGAGGAAAAAGCAAAAUAGUCAGUGCCUUGAAGGAGCUUCCAUUCUGUUGGGGUGAAGCAGUCUCUUAACCAGUAGGCACUGAUGAAGCUCUUACUGCUAUAGAUCAGCCCCUCCUAGUGCCAGGCUCCAGAGUUAGAGACCAAAAUGAGACAGUCCCUGCUUUCGGGGCAGGGCAUCUUAGAGUUCUGCAUUUCCAGCUGAAAAUUUAGAUCCCUUGGGCUACUGCUCCAUGGCUGUUUACCUUUUCAAAGCUCUUUUCUGAAUGGAUCUCUAGAUUAGUUAGAGCCUCUCGGGGCCAACUCUGGCAAUUUGUAAGAACACACAUGGCCAUUUAGAAAGGCUCUUUGCCCCUAGGGGCACCCUCAUCACAUUGCUGUCCAGCUCACCCAGCGUGGCUAGACAUCAGCCCCCUUUAGCCAUGCUUUCCACCAUCAGAGGAGCCAUUACAUGGUCAUGGUUACAAAUAUUUGUGUUCUCUGUUGGCUGAGAGCAGCAAAGCCCAAGCCUGAGGGAGUUAAGGAGCAAAGUCUAAUGGAUACUUUUCUCUUUACUAAUCUGAAAACCUAGUUUGGAGGUAAUCUAGACUUUCUAGAUCACGGGUAGUUGCAAAGACCCCAACCUCUGUCAGGAAAACUUCCAACUGGAUUGUUUCUGCAGCAGAACGUGGAGCUUCCCAUCUUUCUUCCUGGUGAUGGAGGGGAGGUCUGAGGAGGAAGAGAGGGGUGAGGCAUCUAGGUUAGGGGUGAGGGAGGCACAAGGCUGUGUUGAAAGGAGAUACUUGCCUCUGAGGAGCACUAGCAUUAGUCUGAUGUUACUGUUGCUCAGGUUUUCCUUCUGUGGUAGCUUCUGCGAUGUCGUCUCUGCCUCAGAGUUCUGAUGGGCUGGACGUUUUUGAAAACCAUCACCUUGAACUCUCUCUCCUCUUUUUUGUUAGGGCUGGAAGUGGUGAACUGUGGCCAUGGUGUAAGGGAGCGUCUGAGGCAGUGAUCAGUAGAUUACCUGUGUUUCGCCUUAGGCUAUGUUGGACAUCAGUCUGUAGAAUCAAGAGGAAGUGUCUUGAUGCCCACAGGAGGACUGAGCUGAUGCUGUAUAGGCCAUCUGGAGAGUCUGAUCUACGAUCACUCGGUCAUGGCUGUCCUUCUGGGCUGUAAAAGAGCAGAGUGAUUGGCAUGGAUUGUGGGGCUUGGUGUGCUUGGAGCCCUUGGAGUCAGCGAUCCCUGUCCCCCUAGGGUUUAUGCUUACUUUGAAGUAGCAAUCUCUCCUGCUUUGGUGAAGCAAAAAGCAGAUGUCAUGCAAACCUGAACGAAACUUUCAUGUGUCUCUUUUUUGUGUAAAUAUUAGGGAACAUCCUAUUCUUGAAAGGCUUUGACACGUUAUUGCUAAUCUGUAGGCCUUGUGAAUUGGAGAGUUGAUAAGAAGACUGCUUCUGCCUAGAGUGGUGAAUCCCAUGAAGUUACCAGGUAUAGACUGUCUUGACUUUUCCCUAUUGUACCUCUGACCCUCUCCCCACUGAUUUGUUUAUGAAAGCCAUUGUUCUGUAAUGAAAUGCCUUUGGGUCACCCAUAGUUAGGUGUCUGGUAGGUGGCAGAGCAAAUCCUGCCUGUGUCCUUGUGUGUCUUUAUGAAUUAACGUGUGUGGGCAGGGAGAGGGUCGUCAGAAGUUGGUGUGUGAAGUGUGUGCAUAUAAGGAAUUACCCUUUUUUCCCCCUUUUGUUUUUAGAGAGUUCAUGUUGAGUAUAUUAUCCAUUUGAGAAAGGACCAAUUUGAAGGAUUAUUAGGUAAGAGUAGAGUAACGUAAGGUCAAAGGUCAAAUGAUUGAUUUCAGGCAUGUUAUGUCUAAACCAAUGAUGUUUUAGAACAAAGAUUAAUUUCUAAGUAUGCUUUAAUCCUUUAGGAAAAAAAAUCAAUAACAAUCAUCAAGAGAGAUAAUAGAUGUGAAGCAAGUUCUCAACUCAUUCACGUCAGCUGUUACUGUGGAGCGCGGUGUAAGAUCAGGGGCUGGCCUUGGAGCUGGGCCGACUGUUCUGUUUCUGACACACACUGGCUGGGUGACCACGGCCAAAAGCACUUGGGUGCUGAGGGCUGCUGUCGCUCACUCUGAGUCUGAGACUAGAAGGUGCAAAUGAGUUUGGGAUCUGUCUCAAAGGCAGGGAUUUUCCAAACGGGGGGUUUCCUAUGCCGGUGGAAUAAAAGGUCCAAAUGGUCCCUCCCCUACAAAGGAUUGCUCUUAUGCCAUCCCACUCUUUGAUUUCAAGAUCAUCACUCAAAUAUGUAAUUCCAAUGGUUUUUGUGAAGUCCUGGAGGAAUCUCUCCUUAGAUUCUUCGAAUUGAAAUGUUCACAUUGGACAAUUUUAAAGAAAUGUUUUUUUAUAUAAAAUGCAAAGACAAAGACGUGUCUAGAAAUCAUUUGGUCCUUGGGGGUAGUCUCCAGAACUAGCGA